AGGAUUAUAUGGGUGUGGAGUGGGGGUUUUAUUUUCCUUAUUAAAACACGAUAGCAAUUAUUGGUUAGCGCGAGCCGGAUAGAAUUCUCUUAUUUAUACUUGUGUUCGCCAAACGUAAAAAUGGCCACACUAUGGGAGCAGUGAACGUGUGAAAGCACCAGAUAGCCAAGACAGAAUAUUCUGGACCUUACGGAGUAUUCCAUACCAGCCUAUACACUCAUUAUAAGUGUUUAUUUACGUAAGACGUACGUGUCGCGCUGUUAUUCGAGCAUUAUUAUUAUUAUUGUGUGUCUUGGCAUGCAGCUGUGUUUUUGUUGGUGAUAACAGGCUUUUUUUCUUUGUCUUCACCAGGUGUGAUCAACAAUUACCAACUCUUGCUACCUAGACAAUUGGAAACAUACAAAAGAUAACCCGAAAAAUGUCAAGGAUCACAACCAUGGUCGUUUGUUUAAUCCAAGUUGCCUCCCUUUAUUUCACACUUUUUAUAUCUGCCACUCAAGCUGUUGUAACCAGUGACGCGCCAGUACAACGACUGGAUGGUUGGUAUAACAACCCUAUGAACCCUGAUUGGGGUGGGGUCGGGCGUCCCAUUGAGAGAAACGUGACACCCACCUAUGCUGACGACACAUACAGUCCAUCUGGACCUGAUCGGCCGAAUCCAAGGAGAAUCAGUAAUGAGGUGUUUGGUAGUAACCUGGCCGGGUCGUCAGGACUUGAAAAUGAACGCAAUUUAAGCGCAAUGUUUGCUUUUUUUGGGUUGUUAGUCCAGCACGAAAUACUGGACACAGAUGACGUCACGUGUCCUAUUGAGAUCCUAAACACGCCUGUGCCCAGAGGUGACCCAGACUUUGACCCCGAGGCUGAAGGGGAUGAAUAUCUGCCUUAUGAGCGGUCUGCCUAUGACAAGAACACUGGACAGUCUCCCAACAAUCCGAGACGUCAGAUUAACAGAGCCUCCAGCUACAUUGAUGGAAGCUUCCUGUACGGUAAUAGUUUGGUCCGCACAGAAUUGCUCAGGCAGGAGAACUCCGCGAAGCUGGCGUGUGAGGACAAGUGGGGCAACUUCCCAGUCCACAAUGAUGUCAACUUGCCCUAUCACCCUUACAGCUUCAAGUACAACAGAUCAGAACAUCUCUGGCGUCUCGGUGAUUCUCACGCUUUUGAAAACCCUGCCAUUCUGGCGCUUAGUGUCAUGUUCUACCGUUACCAUAACAGACUGGUGGACCAGCAACUGGAGAAAGAUCUGCAACUGACCAAUGAUGAGAUGUUUUAUAACACACGUCGGAAGGUCAUCGCGACACUACAGAACAUAAUUGCCUACGAGUGGUUACCAAAGUUAAUCAAUAAAGAACUACCCCCAUAUACAGGUUACAAACCUUGGAUCAAAAGUGACAUCACUGACAUUUUUGAUGCUGCAGCUAUCAACUACAUCAUGACACUUAUUCCCAGUGCUGUCACUCACAUUGAAAGAGGCAAAGAUGGAUGUCACAUACGAAAGCAAAGACGUCUAUGCAAUACUUAUUGGAGAGCUAUGGAUGUUGUCUAUGAAAAGGAAGAUGGCGUCAAUGAAAUUCUUAAAGGUUUGGCUGCUCAGUUGGCUGAGAAAGAUGAUACCUAUAUUGCAGAGGAUUAUAGAAGUAAAUUUUAUGGUCCAGUGUACCACACCACCACAGAUGCUGUGCUUUUGACUAUAAUGAAAGGUCGGGAUUAUGGUCUGCCAGAUUACAACACUGUCAGGAAAACUAUGGGCUUGGAGGAAAAAAACAGUUUUGAGGAGAUUAACCCACAACUUAACAGGACAAACCCAGAUUUAAUCAAAGAAUUUAAGCAGCUACAUAGAGGGGAUAUAAAAAAUGUGGACAUGUUUGUUGGAGGGAUGCUGGAGACGACGUCUGAUGGUCCUGGGGAGCUUUUCUCUCUCAUUCUGUAUGAUCAGUUUGUCAGGCUCCGAGAUGGAGACAGGUUCUGGUUUGAAAAUAUGGAUACUGGAUUGUUCACUGCAGAUGAAAUUAAAGAAAUCAAGAAUACCACUUUAGCCAAAGUUAUGAUCUUUGCAAUGAAAAUUGAUGAGAACUUAAUUCAAUCUGAUUUAUUUACAGUUAAAAAAGGGGAUCCUUGUGGUCCAUUAAUGUUCAACACUUCACAGUUGGAACAGUGCCCCAAAAACUCUCAGAAAGAUUUCUUCGAAGGCAGUGAGAUACCAUACAUUAUCAUCUGGAUUUGUAUAGGUCUUUUGCCUUUAUUAUGCAUACUUGUUGCCUAUAUCCUGGCCAAAUGUAAGAAAUGGAGGCAUGAGAAGCAGCUGAACUCUCUUAAACUGGAGAAAGAAAAGAAGAGAAUUUUAAGAAGAACCAUCUCUUGCAGUGUAUCAGUCCAUGAUGCCAUUGAGUGGCGUGGUCAUCAUGUUGUCCCCAGGCCAGUGGAACUCCACUUGACCAACAAAGGUGGAUUGGAAAUAUUCAGUACAUCAGGCACUCACCUCAGAUCUGUCAAAGUGAGUGCCAUGCCUACUCUGGCUGUCAAGUUAAGUUCAAACAAGAAGAGAAAUGUAUUGGGUAUCAUGAUACCAAGAGAAUAUGACUUAGUUGUUGAGUUCCCUUCUGAGCCUAUGAGGAACGAGUUUGCUUCUAUGCUGUGCGCCUUUGCCAAAGAAUAUCAUGUGGAUUGUUCUGAGAUAGAAAUCCGACUGCAAGACUUGUACAAUGCUGCUACAACUAAAGAGAAACGUAACAAAAUGCUAGAGAAGUUUUUCAAGACUGUCUUCUCCGAGGCUUUUCAAAUGGACUAUGAUCCAACACUUGACAGUGGUCAGUUAGACAUGAAGCGAUACAGUCAAGAAAUAUUGGAGGUUGAGCUAAGCAAGGAAGAGUUUGCUGAGGCCAUGGCUGUUAAACCAAACUCUGACUUUGUGGAACAUUUCUUUAGUUUAAUAGACUCUGAUAGGAAUGGCUACAUCUCAUUUAAAGAAUUUCUCAAUGCAGUUGUUCUUUUCUCUAAAGGUACCCUCCAAGAAAAAUUACAGACUAUGUUCUAUAUGUAUGACAUUGAUGGAUCUGGUUACAUGAGUAAAAAACAGAUAGGACAAAUGUUUAGGUCACUGCUUGAGCUAGCUCAAAGUAACCUUGACCAUGAUGAUGUUGAUCUUCUGGUUGACUCAUUGUCCACACAUUCAGGCAUGCGCUCUAAAGAUCGCUACUCUUUUGAAGACUUUUGUCAGCUUCUCUCUCCACAAAUGGACAAACUAUGGAAUGCAUCAUUUGACUGGAAAGGUUUAUCCAAUGUAAUGCCACAGAAGACUAAAUCACCCAAGAAAUCUCCACCAAAUGGUGACCACUUGCGUAAAAGAGGAUCAGUCGCGUCACUGUCUGGUCUUGAGAAUGGAAAUGGUGUGCCCAAUGGAAACAGCACAUCUAAGUUCCACAUCUCCUUUGAAGCUGUGCGAGAGAAGUACACUCCACUCAAGGCCAGGGUGAAGGUUGUGAAACAUUUCAUUGAAAACUAUCGGCAGCAUAUCUUCUUCCUUAUCAUCUUCUUCGGUAUCUGUGUUGGUCUAUUUGCAGAGAGAUUUUAUUAUUACACAGUAGAGCAAGAACACAGAGGCUUUAGAAAACUGAUGAGCUAUGGCAUCAGUUUCACUCGAGGUGGAGCAGCAGCCAUGUCUUUCACGUUCAGUUUCCUUUUGCUGACCAUGUGUAGAAAUACAAUCACGUUCUUGAGGUCAACAUUACUGAACCAGUUCAUUCCCUUUGAUUCCCACAUCUCAUUCCAUAAAGUUGUUGCGUGGACUGCCCUCUUCUUUUCUGCCAUCCAUGUGAUUGGUUACAGUUUUAACUUCUACCACCUGGUCUCAGAACCAACAAGAUUUCUCUGUGUAUUUACUAGCCUUGUCUUCAGGACUGAGAUGCCUUACACAUUCCAACAAUGGGUGUUUGGAACUAUGCCAGGUUUCACAGGAGUGCUGCUGGUUCUGAUCUUGUGUGUGCUGUAUGUGUUUGCCACUCAGACUGCCAGGCGUCAUAUUUUCAGUUUGUUCUGGAUCACCCAUAAACUCUUCAUACUUCUCUAUGUCCUGACCAUCAUCCAUGGUGCCAGUGUGGUGGUCCAGAAGCCCAUGUUCUUUGCUUACCUGUCUGGUCCAGCUAUCCUGUUCACCAUUGACAAAAUCAUCUCCCUUAGUAGAAAGAAAACUGAACUCUGUGUCCUGAAUGCCAAGAACUUGCCUUCAGAUGUGACCAUGCUAGAGUUUAAGAGACCUCCAAGGUUUGAAUACAAGUCUGGACAGUGGGUCAGAAUAGCCUGCAUUGCCCAGGGUAAAGAUGAGUACCAUCCAUUUACAUUGACCUCAGCCCCGCACGAGGACACUCUCAAGCUACAUAUCAGGGCCCUGGGCCCCUGGACCUGGAACUUGAGGCACAUCAUUGAGUUGGAGAGCAUGAAGAAUAUUAAAUCUUAUCCUAAGCUCUACCUUGAUGGGCCUUAUGGUGCUGGCCAACAAGACUGGUACCAGUAUGAUGUGAGUGUCCUGGUAGGUGCAGGUAUUGGGGUCACACCCUAUGCUUCAAUCCUGAAAGACUUUGUUCACAUGGCCUCUAUCAAUAUGAGAUACAAAGUCAAAUGUCAAAAGUUGUAUUUUAUCUGGAUCACUGGCAGUCAGAGACACUUUGAGUGGUUGAUUGAUAUCUUGAAAGAGGUGGAGGAAAUAGAUACUCAGUGUAUGGUGUCCAUCGAUAUCUUUAUCACACAGUUCUUCCAGAACUUUGACCUGAGGACCUCACUUUUGUACAUUUUUGAGGAGCACUUUCAGAGAAUGAAUGGUGGUAAAAGUGUCUUCACUGGACUGAAAGCCACAACACAUUUUGGACGACCACAGAUGAGUAAAAUAAUGAAUGCAGUGCACAAGGCACAUCCAUUGGUGAGAAAAGUUGGCGUGUUCAGCUGUGGUCCCCCAGGCCUGACAAAAGGAGUAGAGAGAGCCUGUGUAGAGACUAGCAAAGCAACCAAGGCCUUGUUUGAGCAUCACUUUGAAAACUUCUAAAAAUCUAAAAGCCUAACACUUCCUGUACAAGCUGACAUAGCCUUUUGGUGAUAAACGAAUUAUCAACAGUACCCUCAAGCUAUGCUAUUUCCCUCUCGGAUCAAAAUAUUCUAUUCGAAUUUAUAGCUCAACUUUUUGUACACACAAUCUUAUGUUAAGAAUUGUUUAUAGAGUUAUGUAUCCAAUAUAAAAGAAUUACAAAUUUAGAAUUUUAGAAAUUAAUUUUUUACACCUGUAAAUUUAAUGGUCGAUUUUUUUCUAGCUAUAAAUGAUUUUUAAUGUCCUUGUGUCAUUGAUCUAAACUCUAAACAGACUUAACAUUGAUAAGAUGAUAUACAGAUUUCCAUGUACAUUUAGCUAUAAUCAAAUUAUGUAAACUAGUAUUGGUUUACUGUUGAUAUGUGAAAAUUUGCAUAGCAUUCUGCUGAUUUAUAGACUAGAUCUUUAUCUGCUGUCAAAAAAUGUUUAAAUUUUGUAUACUGCAAUAGUUUUAUCAUUUUCCAGCACAGGAAUUUUUACAAAAAUCUAAAAUGCAGAUGAAUUGAAUAGAAUUCUUUUAUGCUCCUUCUUCCUUAGUGUCAUUAGAGCAUGAAAUUGGUUGCUUAAAUCAGACAGGAAAACCAAUGACUUAGAAGAGUUAAAGUUUCUAAUUGACAUGCAUGACUAGAUUGACACAUGGAUAAGGGUAGGACUUAAUUAUCUUCUCAUUGGAUAUUUGAGGCAAUGUCUGUAAUUUAUAAGAUAAGAUGUUUUGAAAACUCCUCAAAUUAACAUUUUUUACUUAUAAACUUUACUGACAAUGUUUUGAUGAAGUUUCUAUUAACUUUUUUGGUUGUUUUUUUAAUGACCAGAAUUGGUAAAUGUAUGAUAAUGUAUUAUAAUGAUAUUUGACACUCAUUAUUUGAAUGAAGUUUGAUGCCAUGUUUUAAUGUUCAUGAGGCUUCUAAUCCAUUGAUUAUUCUAUAAUUUAUUAUUUCAUGACUGUCUUCCACUUUAUACAUGGAAAAGAUCUGUCAGUUUUGUGAUCAGUUUUCACUUGUAUAUUUAGGGUGUGGGUCUUGGAAGAAAUAGUAGACAAAUUUUUUUUUUUUAAAUCUGUGGCUUUUUCACAUCUUGUUUUGACAUUAUGUUUUAACAAAAUUAUUUUUUUCAACAGUUAUGUCUGACAUCAUGCCAUUAUUUUGAUUUUAAGUGUAAAUUGUGAUUUUUACCUACCUUUACCUAUCCCUUACUGGACCCUUAGUCUGUUAGACCGUUUGGGCACCAAGCAAGAUUUGUCGACCGUCUUUCUCCAUUCCUCCCUGUCCUUUGCCUUGUUUUAAGUGCCACUUAACUGCUGAGAUUGUAAGUUGGACCUACUACACUGAAGUAUUCUAUUUCUGAAGUUAGUUUUCUGAGGCAAUUAUACAACAAAAUCACAUGACUAGAAGUUUUGAAUGUCAGUCAUUAAAUGAGUUUGAUUCCCCAUUAUCUAAGCACACAAAUUAGGCAAUAUGAUAUGUUUUUUUUAACCCACUUUGAAAGACCAAAUUAAAGGCUCUGUGUCUCUUAUCGUUAAUCAUCAACUAUAAUUAUUGCAUUUCAAAAUGUGUAUUUUGAUACCAAUACACAGGCCUAUUGUGUUAGACAUUCCAUUCACUCUUAGACUUGGUUAUGUGAAAAGAAGUAGAUCUUAGACUGUUUUGGCUCUAAGAUUAUUCAUUGUUGUGGGGUUGGGUUAUCAGAGCAUGACAAAACUGUUGGGGUAGGUCUUAGUGAGAAAGUUGACUUCAAGGAAUUAGUAAAUAUUAUAAGGUUAUGGGGCUUUUGGAAUGUACAUUAUUAUAUUAAUUGUAGAUUCUAGUUUGCGGUGGGGAGAAGUGUUUGAACCUUUCAAAAAAUAUUUUCUCAAUAUGUAGCACGAGGUUUAGUUUAGGACUUGCCAGUCCACGAUUGACCUUUGAACCUUAUUUGAGGAUAUUUUUUAAAUUUAGUUUUUUUUAUGACAACAUUUUAGGCAAUCAUAGGUUAGGCACAUCUAUUGUUUAUAUAUAUUAUAUAUAUUUUAUUAUUAUUGUUGUAAUAAUGAAUGUAUUUUUAUUAAUCACUUUAUUUAUGUUCAGUCUUAUCCAUUAUUGACCAUUAUGAACACCAUAAUGAGUUAUAAAUUUCUAAUUUUUCCUUUUUUUUUGUGUACAUAUAAAAUUAAGCCUUAGAUUUUAUUUUGAUCUCAGUUCUAAAUAGACAUUGUAAUUGUUGAUGUGAUAAGUGAAUUAUACAUGAACUGUUUAUACUUCCAUCUAUACAAAUUAACAAAAUAAA